GCUCUCUGUUGCUGACGGGUACAACGUGACAUUAAAGCCAGUGUUGCACAAUGCGAUCCCUCAUUAGUCCUUCUGCCCUCACCCACCGCAAAAACUCAAAGGUCUAUCAGUUAGUGAUUCGUCCCAACCAGAGACAGUCCUUUCUGACCAAGUCAGCAGAUCUGUAAUUGAAAUUCACUUAUAAGGAUGGGUGAUUGGGGAUUCCUGUCAACCUUGCUGGACAAGGUCCAGUCCCACUCCACAGUCAUCGGGAAGAUCUGGAUGAGUGUCCUCUUCCUAUUCAGGAUCAUGGUUUUGGGUGCAGGAGCUGAAAGCGUUUGGGGCGACGAGCAGUCGGGUUUCAUCUGCAACACUCAGCAACCUGGUUGUGAGAACGUCUGCUACGACUGGACCUUCCCCAUCUCGCACAUUCGCUUCUGGGUCCUCCAGAUCAUCUUUGUCUCCACGCCAACCCUGGUCUACCUGGGCCAUGCCAUGCACGUCAUCCACAAGGAGAACAAGCUGAGGGAGCAGCUGUCAAGCCCUGGUGGGUCCCGGCUGCUCAAAGUGCCCAAAUACACAGAUGAAAAGGGAAAGGUGAAGAUCAAGGGGAACCUGUUGGGAAGCUACCUGACUCAGCUCGUGUUUAAGAUCCUCAUUGAGGCUGCCUUCAUAGUGGGCCAGUACUAUCUGUAUGGCUUCGUCAUGGUCCCCAUGUUCCCCUGCUCCAAGAAGCCCUGUCCCUUCACUGUAGAGUGCUACAUGUCCCGACCCACAGAGAAGACCAUCUUUAUCAUCUUUAUGCUGGCAGUGGCCUGCGUCUCCCUACUCCUCAAUGUCAUUGAGGUGUUCUAUCUGAUCUGCACCAGGGUCAGAUGUGGAUCCGGCCGUCGCAAUCACAAGAUUACUUCAGCAGAAAACCCUGCCAGCCUGUCAUCCCCCAGGUGGCCAACUACAGAGGAGGCACUCAAGCAGAACAAGCUGAACAUGGAGCUCGAGAGCAAUCACAGCAUCGGAGGAAGCCUGGAUGGGGCCAAAGAGGAGAAACGACUGCUGAGUGGUCAUUAAAAAAACCACCGAUGUGACCAUUGAAAUGUUUUAUCUUGUUUCAGAAUUUUCCCCAAUAGCUCCAGGUUCAUAUACAUCUAAGAGACUGAAGUGAAGAUUUUUUACAAUGUGUUGUACACAUCAUUACAGAAUUUAAAACAAAAACUGUCUUUGUGUAACAGUGUGACAUAACAUGCUGAGAAAAGUCUGCAUAAACUAACAAUAUUAAAGGGGCCACAUUGCUGGAAUUUUACAUUUAUUUUGUCUUUUCUUAAAUGGAAAUCUAAUAAUGGAAAGUGUGCUGAUGCUAAUGUAUUUAUCUCUGAGUGAGCAGAAUAUUGUCUACGCCCAGUUAUUGAAUGUGCCCUUUAAGUUAUUGUCAUGUUCAUUAUCUAGGAUUUUAAAUAAUUCUAAAUAACUUAGUGAAUGAUGAUGAUAAUGUUGAUAAUGAUUGUUUUGAAGUCUGUUUUAUUGAGAUGGGAGAGAUGUUUUUGUAUGUUGUUUGUUGUUUUUAAUAAAUGACUGAAGUUGGAUAAA